AACUUGGAGCUAUGAUUCCAGAACAACUGUAAGACCAGCUUUGAGUUUUCAGCUGAGUUAUUUCCUGCUGCCACUAUGAGUUGCAGCUCCAAGCAGCCCCUGAAAAGCUGCCUGCGAGGGAGCAGCGGUGGAGGGGGUGAAGGGAGCAGCUCGCAUUCCUCGGCCUCCUCAAGGACAAUUACUUCCAGGACGAGUGGUGGUGGCAGGUUUUCUGGCAGCAGUUGUGGUGGAGGAAGCUCCCGGAGCAGCUGUAGUGGGGGAAGUGGUGGUUAUGGCAGGCACAGUAGCUACGGAGGAGGAAUGAGCAGCAGCAGCUGUGGAGGAAGACUGGGCGGUGGAUGCUAUGGAGGGGGAAUGGGCCACAGCAGCAUGGGAACAGGCUUCAGGUCAGGUGGGAGCGGCUUUGGGGGAAGGUUUGGAGGGGGCUUUGGUGGAGGUGGUGCUGGUUUCAGUAGUGGCAGCUUUGGCAGUGGUGGCUUUUAUGGAGGGAAUGUAGGAAUUCUCUCCAACGACGAGAAGCUGACCAUGCAGAGCCUUAAUGAACGCCUGGCUUCCUACAUGGAGACAGUCAGGAACUUGGAAAAGGAAAAUGCUCAGCUUGAACAGUUAAUCAGGGAAUGGUACCAGAAGCAAGGCCCUAUUGGCCCAAAGGACUACAGCCACUAUUACGAAAAAAUUGAAGAACUUCAAAAACAGAUUCUGAUUGCGGCUGUGGAAACCCACAAGGUACUUUUGGACCUAGAUAAUACAAAGAUGACUGCAGAAGACUUUAGAAUAAAGUACGAGAUGGAGAGCGGGCUCCGGCAGAACGUGGAGAGUGACCUCAACAGCCUGCGGCCCUUGCUGGAUAACCUGACCUUGACCAAGUCCGACCUGGAAAUGCAGUUUGAGUCUCUGAAGGAGGAGAUCAUCGACCUCAAGAAGAACCACGAGGAGGAAAUGAAACUGCUGCAAUCCCAGUCCAAUGGGGAUGUGAAUGUGAAGAUGAAUGCUGCCCCGGGAGAGGAUCUGCUGAAAAAACUGAAUGAGAUGAGGCAAGAAUACGAAGCUAUUAUUCAGAAAAACCGUGCAGAGGUUGAAAAGUGGUACGAAGGCAAGAUGGAGGAAGUGAGUCAACAAGUCCACUCAAGUAGCCAGGAAAUGGAGGCAAGCAACCAACAGAUCUCUGUGCUCAGACGUGAAUUUCAGAGCCUGGAAAUUGAGCUGCAGUCGCAGAUCAGUCUGGUGGACUCUCUGCAAUCCAACCUGGAAGACACGGAACGUCGCUAUAACAUGCAGCUGCAGCAGAUCCAGGGCAUGAUCGGGCCCUUGGAGGAGGAGCUGGCCAGCAUCCGCUGCGAGAUGGAGAGCCAGAACGAGGAGUACAAGAUGCUCCUGGGCAUCAAGACUCGCCUGGAGCAGGAGAUCCAGCAGUACCGGGUGCUGCUGGAGGAGGGGCAGCAGGGCAUUAGCACUUCACAGGGAGGAGCUGGCAGUGGAUCUUCAGGAGGAGGAGGUCAUGGAGGAAGUAGUGGAGGAGGAAGCUGUUGGUCCUCAGGUGGAGGAAGCAGUGGAGGAAAAACUGGAGGAUCCUAUGGAAGAUCUUCCUCUUCUGAAAGUGGAGGAGGAGGGAGUGGAGGAAGAACAGGAGGAACCUGUGGUAAAACUUCAGGUGGAGGAGGUGGCAGUGGUGGAGGAGGAGGGGGUAAAUCCUGCCUCUCCCGCUCUUCAUCUUCCCAGUCCCAGCCUGGCAACUCUUGUGAAAGCCCAGGAGGUGCUGAAAACAUGAAGCUCUGCCUGGAAGGAAACAAAACACUGGAGAGGGGGGCAACCAUGGAGGAAGUGUCUGAAGCCAUAAAACACAUGAGAAUGGGGAGUUUUAGAAAGGUUGAGGAGUGAUCAGCAAGACCAGCAUCUUCCACUGCACCGCCUCCCAGUGAGGCCUUUGGACCAAGCAAGACUCUACUGAGCACGGCUGAACACACCCUGCCAUGAGCAGGAGCGAACACUUGGCCAACUUACUCAACACUGCUCACUCCAGGGGCUCGUCAGAGCUCUCUGGAUGUCCUGUCUGCUUCUUCCAUCUGUUUCUCUUCCGAAUCACUGUUACCUGAGUUAAUCUCUACCGUGAUUGGUGUUCCUGUGGAAUAAAUAAUAAAUCUUUGCUUCUCUCUGAUGCAACCAGAAA